AUGGACUCUGGCUUUGCUCCCUCAUACAUGCAGGAAGCUGGCCUUCAUUCUACUGGAGUUCCCGGCAUGUCUUUGCCCAGUGACUAUGAUCUUCCGCAGCCAUUUGACGCGGCCUCUCUGUACGAAGCUGUCUCUAAUUCCAAUGUACAAGGCUUGUCUAUGCCGCCAUACAGCGGGCCUUUUUUCCCGAACGACGAAGUUUCGACUAUGAACAAUAGAACUUCUGGAAUCACUACGGCACCUCCCAUAACCAGUGCGACUUUUGCAAACAUGGGUACAAUUGACAUGAAUACGAAUACGAAUAACUCGUUCGAUACCCUUUCUUCGGCCCAAACUAUGUCUAAUGUUUUCACGAAUCUGCCGCGCCAGUGGCCUCCUGCCUCACAACCACCAACAAAUAUCUCAACGGCCGGUCCGAUGCCUCGGUUUUCUUAUUUUUCCAACGUGAAUACCCAUACAUCAUCCCCUGCGCAGACGGCCCAGAUGUUUACGGCGCCCACCAGGUUAUCAGAGGUACAAAAUGAACCGCAGCAUCGGCCUACUCCGAAUCCUUUCGCUGUUGCCUUUAGUGCUUUAGACCCCGCGUCGAACUCAGGAGCAUCUUAUCGAACAAGUCGUAAUGCGCAUGCAUUUCCUCAUUCUGGAUCAUCUGCAGGGAGCUCUCAUCAUAGGCGAAACCAGCGAACAACCACUUUGACACCAACGCCGAUAAUCCCAGCUCACAACAGAGCUCGAUCUAUCCAGUCUUCACGCGUGCGGGCACGACCUGCGAGUAUGACUUCUACCACGACCUACACCGGCACUCCAUCCAUACAACAACAGACAACCCAGAGCCAGAGCAACCAGCCCGCCAUCAGCACCACCCUCGAAACAUCUACGAGACCUUCAGCACGCUUGGAAUACGCACCCAUGCAGCACCAAGCGUCCAGCCGAACCCUACAUGAUGAUCCGUACCUUGACGAGUUGCUGCGAGACGUGCCCAGCCAGUACCGGGCUAUAUACAGAAACAGCCUAGCCGGAACACCGGCACUGAGUAAAACCAAAAAGCUAGUAGAGGCGCCCAAGGAAGCUCGUCCUGAGCCCAAGGAAACAGAAGAGAUGACCAUCAACAUGGAGUGUAAGAUUUGCAUGAGUCAAGUUGUUGACACUGUACUACUUCCCUGCGGACAUGCGAUACUUUGCCGCUGGUGCGCAGACGAGCUCAUGCCUCCAUCAAAAGGAUGUCUCAAGGAAAGGGCAAGCUGUCCUAUGUGUCGUGAGCCUGUGAAACAGAAGGUAAAUUUCCCAAGCACAGUUUUUCAAGCUCUGCAGGCGACUGACUCAAUACAGCACCGCAUUUAUUUCCCGUGAUAAAAUCAAACAGUCAAACCAAAAUACCCCCUAUUGCAUUGCUCGUGCCACAUCUCCCAGUCAGACGUUCGAUGUUUUUACUAGUAACCUAUCAUACCUACAUUUGCAUAGAGUAUCCUGGCGUUAGAUAUUUUGCAGCCUUU